AUGGUAUCAUCCUUAGUUUUGUUCACCAAAAAAGAGAUUCUUGCUUUGAUUCCUCCUCCUCUUGAAUAUCGAGAUCUCAAAAAAGUCACCACAACAACAAAUUCUGCCAUGGCACAACAUCCAGCUAAAAUUUUUCAAUGGCAAAGAUUUACUCAGGAUGUCUUCUCAUGCAAUUUUGACAUAGACAAUAAAGUAUAUGAGCAACCACAUUUUAUGAAAUUCGAAGGAAUAUCAGAUGAAGACUGUGUAUGUGAGGCUGUUAGUAUCAAUGUUCUUCGACCUCUUAAUUCAAUUGGAUGUAGAUACAGUCCACAAGAAGAAUAUGCACAAUAUACUGUGUUUCCACAUAUUUUAGGAGAACCAGACUUUUCAGAAUAUGAUUUUACGGAUUCUGAAGAGGAUCCAAAGUCAGAAUUAGAUUCUGAUUAUGAACCACCAAACCUGGUAAAACAACACAUGUCAUUAACAGUUCUUUAA